AUGGCGCGGAAAGAUCCGUUGCCGACAUUACAGCGACCCUACUUAGCUUUAGGUCUAGAGGGAAGUGCCAACAAACUUGGGGCAGGUAUCAUUCGGCAUAGCCCGCCUGCAGGUGAAGGCCCAGGCUCCGAGCUGAACCAAGCGCGUGUUGACAUUUUAUCGAAUGUGCGCCAUACCUAUGUGACACCGCCAGGGCAAGGAUUCUUACCUAGUGAUACGGCCAAGCAUCACAAGCAUUGGAUUUUACGUGUUGUGCUGGAAGCUGUACGAACUAGCGGCCUGCAAAGCCUGAGUGAGAUCGACUGUAUAUGCUUUACCAAAGGCCCUGGUAUGGGCGCGCCAUUGCAAGCUGUCUCUCUGGUUGCUAGGACGUUGUCAAUCAUGUACAAUAAACCGUUGGUCGGCGUCAACCAUUGUGUGGGGCAUAUUGAGAUGGGACGUACCAUCACAGGGGCGCAGAACCCUGUGGUACUGUACGUGUCUGGUGGAAAUACGCAAGUGAUUGCCUAUUCGGCUCAGCGGUAUCGUAUUUUUGGCGAAACGCUGGAUAUUGCUGUGGGCAACUGCUUGGAUCGGUUUGCACGUGUGAUCGGGCUUUCUAACGACCCCUCCCCAGGUUACAAUAUUGAGCAAGAGGCGAAGAAAGGACGACGUCUGUUCUCGCUACCGUAUGGAACCAAAGGGAUGGAUGUGUCACUGGCAGGCAUGCUUAGCGCCACGGAAGCAUAUACCAAAGACCCACGCUUUCAGCCUAAUGAACCAUCUGUGCCGACAAAUAUUCCUGUUGGUGCUUUAGCCAAUGGCAUGACAUGGACCGGCAACACAAGCCACUCUGUCGAAAAGGCGCCUGAGCCUGCCACCGUCUUGGAUGGCGAGGAGGCGGAUGUGAUUACACCAGCCGAUUUGUGUUUCAGUUUACAGGAGCAUAUGUUCGCCAUGCUUGUCGAAAUUACGGAACGUGCCAUGGCCCAUAUCGGCAGCAAAGACGUGCUCAUUGUGGGCGGUGUUGGCAGCAAUGCUCGCCUACAGCGGAUGAUGGGUAUUAUGGCGGAAGAGCGUGGAGGCAGUGUGUUUGCUACGGACGAACGAUUCUGCAUCGACAAUGGUAUUAUGAUCGCCCACGCCGGCCUCCUUGCGUUCCUCAACAACGACACAGCGCUAUCGUACAGAUACGCCUUUGAUUAG